UGGGCAGAAAACACCCGAGUCGCUCUCAUCUCCUCGCUGUUUUCAACAUCAUUCUUUGGUCGCUCUCUUCACUUCACCUACGGGAGCCUAAGCUGAGCUGCCACAUUCAAUCACCCGAGUCAAGCCAAGCUGUACCAGACCCGAACCUCUCCGCAGUCAUUAUGGAUAUUGCCAUCCAGCACCCCUGGUUCAGACGCGCCCUGGGUUCCAUUUACCCGGCUCGACUCUUCGACCAGUUCUUUGGCGAGGGCAUGUUCGAUUACGACCUCUUCCCCUACGCUGCCUCCACUAUCAGCCCCUAUUACAGACAGUCACUGUUCCGUAACUUUUUGGAUUCUUCCAACUCUGGAAUGUCAGAGGUGAGGUCUGACAGGGAAAAGUUCACGGUCUACCUGGACGUCAAGCACUUUUCUCCUGAUGAACUGAGUGUGAAGAUCAGUGACGACUACGUGGAGAUCCAAGGCAAGCAUGGAGAAAGACAGGAUGACCAUGGAUACAUCUCCCGUGAGUUCCACCGCCGCUACCGCCUCCCAUCCAGCGUGGACCAAUCCGCCAUCACCUGUACCCUCUCUGCUGACGGCCUGCUCACACUGACCGGGCCAAAGGUCAGCGGAGGGAACGAAUCCGGCCGUAGCGAGCGCAACAUUCCUGUCACUCGUGAUGACAAGCCCAACGUCGCCGCCUCUUCCUAAAGGCUCGAGUGGUGGGCGUCGACCAAAUGGGAUGGCAGCCACAAAUCUUCCAUUUAUUCUUCCUCUUUUCCCCAAUAGAGGACACAUGGGUCCUUCUUGCUUCAGUCUUUCCUCUCCAGAUGAUUCUUAGCACACUCUCAGAGCAUCACUAAGAUAAGAAAAAGGUCCCUAUGAGGAUGCUGAAAUUGAGGUCCUCGUGAUUGUUUGGCUCACAGGUAAUGUCAUACACAUUUUGUCACAGAUUUCUACAAUAGUUCUUAACGCCCCGACUGCUUCCAGUCCAGCUCAGACCUUUUGAACCUUCUACUCAUGUCUCCAAUAUAUCCUGUCUUUUAGUCUAUGCCUUGUUCAUUGGAUACCUCGAUACUGAGAAGUCCAUGCGAAAGAAAAAAACAUAAUAAAGCUGCAAA